AGACAACUGCUAAUCAUGGAAUACAAGAAACCCAGAUCCAGGAUUUGCUUGAUCCCACCAAUCAUUAAGAAAAAAAGGACAUAUCCAGUCUUAAAGGAUGAGGCACGUAAGAGCCCAGACCAGAAGUCAUCUGGGCUUCUUGGUGGAUUUAUUGCUCGUUUCUUGAGCGCCUGUUAACGGCCAUCAUUUUUUUUAUCUGUAAGGAAAAAAAAGUUUAUGUGCUGGGGUCGGUCUGCUAAGGAGCUGCUAGAAGACUACUUCAACGACAAUUCAAUUCUCAAAUUAGGGUUUGUGUUGAAAGAGCCCAGGGAAGUGUUGAAUCUAAACCAGACACAGCUCAAAAACUUUGAAUUGGAUGGACUGCUGUCCACAGACAUCGAGCUUGAUAGUCCUCAAAACGAGCUUCUUGUUUUGAGGUCGAAUACAGGAAGAGCUUUCUUGAGCUUUGAAAGCAAUUUCAAUAGAAAUAUACGUGCCUUCUGUAGAUUUUUUGGAGACACCGGCAACCAUGCUGUUUACGAUAUCAACAUUGGGAAAGAAGACCUGUGCGGAAAAAAUUGGCAAGCAGGAGCGAGUCUCAACAUGGCCGGAAUUGGAACUUCACUGGCCUAUUUGUCUUAUUCUCAGUAUCUGAACAAGCUGGCUUUAGGAUUUCAGGGGAGCAUCGUGUUGGAGGCCGAUAGGCCCUUCUUGACGAGCGUCUGGGCAAUUUAUCGUCCUUUAUUACCGGUUUCGCUUGGUGUAAAACUAAGCAUGUCUGGUAUUCACAGAAAUUCAAUAAAACCCAGUUUUUUCUUGAAUAUGCGAUAUCCACAUCGAUCGAGUGCAGAAUACGUUCACCGCAUCCCGCACUACGAGAUCAAUGUCCAGUUGAUCGACGGAUUUUCGUCCUUUGCUUUCUCUUGCUACCAAAACUUUGUUAUACGCAGAAAAGUGUACAAUAUUCUCGAAGCAUACAACAUCACGCACAUCACCAAUUAUAUCGCAAUAGGAGCCGAAAUCGCUUUAUCCAACAAUUGCCUCGACUUCGGAGCUGCCGCGUCUUGGCAACUAAACAAAAACCACCUGUUCAAGGCCAAGGUCACCCAGCAACUGGCACAGUUCUGCUGGGUCUUGAAGUCUUGGAGCAAUCCGAGAGUCAUCUUCAGCACGACGACUGGAUACUGCUUUUUACACAAUGUUCCAAAGGUUGGAUUCGGACUCAUAGUGGAAGCGGCAUCCGGACAAGCAGACUUCGAGGGAGCGUCUCCGAACUACGAAGACAUGGAUUUGGUUAUUUAUCAAGGCGAAGAAGCUCCUGAAGUCACUAAAAAAUACGAACUCAAAUAAAAAUAAGAGUUUUGCUCUGCUAUUCCCUAAA